CGCAGGGGCUGGAGGGGCAAAUGCCCCCCGUCUUUUAACCAUCUCCGUCUUCCCCCUCCUUUUCUCCCCUCAUUUCGACUUCCUCUCAGCUUCCUCACCUUCUCCCACUCUCAUUCACAAUCCUACCACCCAAACAUCAUGACUACUCCCACCGUCAAGCUGAACAGCGGCUACGAUAUGCCCCUCGUGGGCUUCGGUCUGUGGAAGGUGAACAAUGACACCUGCGCGGACCAAGUCUAUGAGGCGAUCAAACAAGGUUACCGUCUGUUUGACGGCGCCUGCGACUACGGCAACGAAACCGAAGCCGGGCAGGGUGUGGCGCGGGCGAUCUCGGAGGGCAUCGUCAAGCGUGAGGAGCUCUUCAUCGUGUCGAAGCUGUGGAACAGCUUCCACGACCCGGAGCGCGUGGAGCCGAUCGCGCGCAAGCAGCUGGCCGACUGGGGGGUGGACUACUUUGAUUUGUACAUCGUGCACUUCCCGAUCGCGCUGAAGUACGUGGACCCGUCGGUGCGGUACCCGCCGUCGUGGACGUCGGAGAACGGUAAGCUGGAGUUCAGCAACACGCCGAUCCAGGCGACGUGGCAGGCGAUGGAGGCGCUGGUGGAUGCCGGGCUGGCGCGCAGCAUCGGCAUCAGCAACUUCAGCGCCCAGCUGGUCAUGGACCUGCUGCGCUACGCCCGCGUGCGGCCCGCUACCCUGCAGAUCGAGCACCACCCCUACCUGACGCAGGAGCGGCUCGUCGAGUACGCCCAGAAGGAAGGGCUGGUCGUCACCGCGUACAGCUCGUUCGGCCCGCUGAGCUUCCUGGAGUUGGAGGUCAAGAACGCCGUUAACUCGCCGCCCUUGUUCGAGCACGACCUCAUCAAGGGCAUCGCCGAGAAGCAUGGCCGCACCCCCGCCCAGGUGCUGCUGCGCUGGGCCACCCAGCGUGGCAUCGCCGUCAUCCCCAAGAGCAACAACCCCACGCGGCUGCAGCAGAACCUGGAUGUCACGGGCUGGAACCUCGAGGAGGGCGAUAUUCAGAAGAUCAGCGAGUUGGACCGCGGGCUGCGGUUCAAUGAUCCUUUGGGAUACGGGCUCUACGUUCCCAUCUUCUAAACAUGUGAUAUGAUGUAUGAAUGAUAACUUGAUUCCUG